AUGAAUCCAGCGGCUCAGGAUGUGCAAGCACUGCUACAUCACAUGCCCCGCUUUUGGAAGAUGGAAGACAGAGUCGCAGGCGCAGAGCUGGGAUUGGGGCGGUUCCAAUUCGACUUUGACAAUGAGGAGGAUAUCAUUGAGGUGUUUAAGCUAGAGCCAUUCCACUUUGACUACUGGAUGGUCUCAUUGGUGAGGUGGGAACCGGUGGUGGACCCAUCAUAUCCAUCUGCAAUCAAGUUCUGGGUGAGGAUGAUGGGGAUUCCGCUUCAUUUUUGGGCGAAACCCACGUUUCGGAGUAUUGGUGAAGCUCUCGGUGAAGUGCUAGAGGUGGAUAUCGAUGAGGGGAGGGUGAAAGUGUGUCUUGACAGGUACAAACCUCUUACGUUUGAGACAACGGUGGAGUUCCACAGCGGUGAGGAGACUCUGGUGGCCCUCAGGUACGAGCGGCUCUUUGGUUACUGCCGAGAGUGCUUCAGCCUCUGUCAUGAUGUCAGCCAGUGCCCGACGCUUCGGAGAGCUAGAGAAGAACGGGAGACUCAGAGGAGAAGAGAUGAGAAGCCAGACGGUGGUGCUAUGAGCUAUAAGGGAGUGGUGAUUAAUGGCUCAGGUGGGGAAAAUGGGAAUGUGAGAAAGUCACAGCCCAAUGGCGGAGAUACGAAGGGAAAGGGGAAGUUGGAGGAGGUCCGGGAAGAACACAUUCCGAGGAAAUGGAAAGCAUGGUGGGGAGAGCUCAGGCUCACAGCGGAAACCGGUGGGAUACAUCCCUCCGGAACAGCGCAAGCGGAUCAAUAG